AUGAGCGAAGGCCCGCCGAGUCCCCCACCGCCUAGCCCGCCGAGGAAGAAGGCGCGCGCGCUGCAUCUCCAGACACAUGGGAGCACGAGCGGACCAGGGCUGCACCCACUUCCCUCGCCGAGCAACUCUCCCCCUCCGAGCAUCAGCGAGCCCGCCCAAGCAGAGAGCUCAACAGUCACGACGACGUACUCGAACAGUCCGCCUGAGCUGCCGAUCCUCCCGCUUCAGACUCUAAUGUCCCUUCCCAUGCUGCUGACGCAGUACAGCCAGCUCCCAGCCGCGCUCCAGACACACGUCCUCCUCUCCUUGCUCAAGCUCUCCCCGUUGUCCGUCCUGCGCGCUACGGACGGAUUCGUCACCCCCGCUUUGUCGCGCGACUUCCUCUCCCUCCUCCCCACUGAGCUGUCCCUCCAGAUCCUCCAGUGUCUCGACCUUCGCUCCCUUCUCCGCUGCUGCCGUGUAUGCCGCAACUGGCGCGACCUCAUCGACGGCGAGGCCCCCCUCUGGCGCAGUAUUCUCAAGCACUACAAACUCUGGUUUGAAUCGCCUUCGCGUGCCUCCCUGCCACCAUCGAUGCGGCUCAGUGCCCAUCUCCGCCCGCCGGCGAACUACCUACCCACUCUGCGCCCUCCCAACCCAUACAAAACCCUCCUUCGCUACCGCUUGCGCCUGCAACAAGCGCUCACCCAGUGCCCCUCGCAGAUGACGAUCCCCCUCCUGACACAGACUGUCGUCACCUGUCUCCAAAUCUCUGCAACUCGCAUCGUCUCCGCAUCAGACGACCACACGAUCCACGUCCAUUCCCCGAUCGACGGUGCGCUGCUCCAGUCCCUUCAGGGCCACUCGGGCGGUGUCUGGGCACUCCAAUUCGUGCAUAAUACGCUUGUUUCCGGCUCCACAGACCGUACAGUACGCGUCUGGGACCUGAGAACAGGAACUAACACGCAUGUAUUUGCCGGGCAUACGAGCACGGUCCGCUGCCUGCAGAUUGUCGAGAAGGGGGAUAAUGGCACCUGGCCAAGGAGGAGGAUGAUCAUCACUGGGAGCAGGGAUAACUCGCUCAGACUGUGGUAUCUCCCUAGGGAGGGGGAUGCGGAAUACAAAAGCCCGGGAACGGGUGAAGGGGAUACCGAUCGGGAUGAACCCCAACGGAACCCUUACCACGUACGUUUGUUCGCUGGGCACACGAGUGCCGUGCGCGCCCUUGCUGCGAGAGGGAAGACGCUCGUCUCCGGCAGCUACGACUGUACCGUGCGCGUCUGGGACAUGUCAACUGGAGAGUGCAGGUUUGUGCUCUCUGGGCAUGCGCAGAAAGUGUACAGCGUCGCGCUCGACCCUAUACGUGAACGAUGUGCCUCCGGCUCAAUGGACGGUACGGUGCGCAUCUGGUGCCUCGAAACGGGCCAGUGUCUGCACGCCCUCACGGGGCACACGUCCCUUGUCGGGUUGCUCUCUAUCCGUCCUAACCAGCUCAUCUCCGCCGCCGCUGACUCUACACUCCGCGUCUGGUCGCCAACAUCAGGGGACUUGCUCCACACCCUCACCGGCCACCCGGCUGCCAUCACUUGCUUCCUGCACGACGAGUUCCGUGUGCUGAGCGGGAGUGAGGGCAGCCUAAAAAUGUGGGAUGCGGACAAGGGUGAGUGGAGGCGCGACCUCUUGACAGAAGUUGGCGGAGUGUGGCAGGUCGCUGGCUGGGGCCGGAGGGUCGUCAGCGCUAGCAACAGAGGCGAUGAGACGUACUUGGACGUGUUUGAGUGGGGUGGAGAGACGGACGCGGACGGUCUGCUGAUCGACGAUGAUGCCCUGUAUGAUGACGCAAGUGAGGUGAGCGAGGACAGCGAUACUGCCGACGAUGAGGAGGCGGAGCACGAGGCCUCGUAUGAGGGGGAAGACGACGGUCAAGCUUCGCGCAGUGUGAAGGCUGGGCAGAGCCCGUAUCCCCCGGCCGAGCAUGUACGCAGGGUUAUCCGGCAACAAGAUGAGGACGAAAUCAUGUCCCAGUCCUACGGUGACGCCGAAGACGAGCUGGACGUCGAAGAGGACAUCGACAUCCGGCAUGAGCCAGUGCGGCACCUGAAAGCUCCUGCGCAUAUCUCCACGCGUGCGAUGGAGCCUGGGUCUGAGCAUGCUGCGGAUGAAGCGCGGGACAUGGAUCCUUGGGAGCUGUCUACUCCUACCCCUGCUCCUAGGGCCCGGUCCUUCCUCGGUUUUACGGGGCAGAGUCUGCGCUUGCCGAGCGCUUCCUCGAGUAUUGCUGGGUCGAGCAGGGGCAGUCGGGGAAACAGGAGAUGGGGUGAUGAUACGGAGACGUAG